CGCAGUCGGGGCAGCGCGGCGGGUUGCGGCCAUGUGGGUGUUCGGCUACGGCUCCCUCAUCUGGAAGGUGGACUUCCCCUACCAGGAGAAGAUGGUGGGGCGCAUCCGCGGCUACAGCCGGCGGUUCUGGCAGGGCAGCACCGACCACCGGGGCGUGCCGGGCAAGCCUGGAAGAGUUGUGACUCUGGUUGAAGACCCUGAGGGCUGCGUGUGGGGCGUUGCUUACAGACUGCCAGCUGGACAAGAAUGCGAAGUCAAGGCGUACCUGGACUUCAGAGAGAAGGGAGGCUACAGGACGACGGCGGUGGUUUUCUACCCCAAGGACUCGUCAGUCAGACCCUUUGAUGUGCUGCUCUACAUCGGCACUCGCGAUAACCCCAACUACCUCGGCCCUGCGCCUCUGCAGGAGAUUGCUGAGCAGAUCAUUGAUGCCGUCGGACCCAGUGGAAGAAACACGGAAUACCUGUUUGAACUCGCUAAUUCUAUGAGAAACCUUGUGCCAGAAGAUGUAGACGAGCAUCUCUUCUCCUUAGAGAAACUAGUAAAGGAACUCCUGGAAAAAGAGCAAAACCUAAACUGCCUAUAGAAGAACUUCUUUCGGCGGUAUUGCUUCAUCUUCAGAGGAAUGGUUUCGUUGCACAGUGGGUAUAUGACUUGGAGGCAUAUUGCUCUGUACUAUGCUAUCUUAUUUA